CGCUCAGUACUCACCCUUUCACUCAAUUCACACCAAAAAGCGGUGGGCCAUGUCGUUGUUUGCUCUGCGGGCGUCGGCUCGCACUAUCACACCAAGGACGACGACGCGUCGGAUGCUUUCGACUUCGCUGUACCGACGACAGGAAACACCCGCGUACCCUUCUUCCUCGACUUCUACAUCCACGUCUACCUCUACACUUCCACCACCAGCACCGACCCCACCCUUUGCCUUUCAUUUAGCAACAGCAACAGGCGCUUUACCGGCCUCGGACGCAGGACCGCCAGAAGCCCCUCCUGGCGCGAUACCCAUCAAUCCCCUCGCCCAGUCCUCCGGCUCUACCUCUCUCAGCGCACAAGCGACCAAUGUGGUCCAACACCGUCUGUACGUCAAAAGCGGGCCUAACAACACGCAGAUUGUGAUCACGAACGAGCGGGGCAAUCCGAUUUCGAAGUCGGGUUGGUCGGGGGGCUCGGUCGGGUUCAAGGGCUCGAAGAAGGGGGACUACGAGGCGGGGUAUCAGUGUGUUGUGAGGGCGUUCAAGAGGCUGGAGGAUUUGCAGAUUAAGAUACCGACCCUGAAGGUCGAGAUUUUGUUCAAGGGGUUCGGAGACGGGAGGGACGCGGUGUAUAAUGCGUUGAUGACGAGUGAGGGGGAGAUGGUGAGGCCGAUGGUGAAUAGGCUGACGGACCAGACGCCGAUUAAGAUUGGUGGAACGAGGGCGAAGAAGACGAGGCGAUUGUGAAGGGGUGUGGUGUCUUUUCCUCUGACUCGUUCUGCGUUCUAUGUUUAUUUGCAUUUUAGUGGCCGUCAUAUUCAUCCCUUGCUUUGCUUCUUGUAUGGUGCUUCGUUCACCGUGCCUUCGAAAUCUUAAGCCUGAUUCA